AAAGCCUGUUUUUAAAUUAAAAAAAAAUUGUGGAAUACUUUAAAGUACCAUUACAUUCCGGUAUACAAAUCUUAAAAAAAGUUUUACUAAUAGUGUCGUUAGAUGGAAGAAAAUUUAGUCAGGAGUGAUGUAGAAGAGUUAGAAAAUAUUAUUAAAACAACAAAAAGUAAACCAGAAUGUUCUACCCUCACGAAUAUUUUAAUAUCAACGGUAGAUGAAAUUCUUCAAGAUUCAAGCAUUUCGCGAGAAAACGUAGAGCCUGCAGAUUUGUCAAACGUGGAACCGUUGAGUGCAAAACAACAAAACGCUGAGAUUUUGAAGCAAGACGUGUUAACAAAACUCGAUGUUCAAGCUGAAAAAACGAAAGAAACAAGAGCAUUGACUAAUAAAGAUGCUUUAGUAAGAGAAGAUAAAUGUUAUGCAGAAGACAUUAAUGCCAAAGUUUACCCCGCAAGUGAUGGUUCAACACCCGUGUUAUAUUAUAUGAAGCGGCUAUUAGAUAUUCAAAAAAAAUAUUCGGAUGUAAUAAAAAGACGACACAGUGUCCACUUUUUUCAUGAAACGUUGCGCAAAACGUCUCAGUACCGGUUAAAGCCAUACCAACAUUUGUCUUCAAAGCGUGAUCAAUCACGCUUACAGAAAUAUGCCUCUAUGUACAGACCAACAGCAUCUUUAAGUGAAAUAGAAAAUACAACCUAUCAAGAAAAAAGUUUAAUUGGCCUGGCAAGUCAGUCUUUUGAUAAUUUAGAGGCCACGAAUUCAGGAAAAGUGCCUUUAAUGUGUUACCCAUUAUCUAAACAUGAAGUAGAGUAUGUUGAUCGAAACCUGGUUGUAAAGGGUGUUCAAAAAAUGCCGAAACCUAAUCCUAUAUGGCUUUUUCAAAAAAAUGGAUGUGAUUUAUCUUUAGCUCAUUUAAGAGAGGUAGCAAAGCGUUUAAGACAAGAUAUACAAAAUAUGGAGCUAAAAUGGAAAAAAAGUUUGUGUCGCCAAAAUCUUCAAGACUUCUCUUGUGUAGGAGUAGAUGAAAGAUUGGCUGAAUUGUAUAAAUUGCAGACAUAUGUUUCUUUAGAACAACAAAAAAAGAAAGAGAAUAUUUGUUAUGAAGUAGCCUUAUGUGAUUCACAAUUGAAUACAAUGAUGCGCGAUAAGCGGAAUGAAUAUUUUACUCAACUUUACGGUGACAAUCAAAAUCCUGACACAAUACGUUUUUUGAGAAACAAAACGAAAAAAUUGUCGAAACAAUACGAAGAAUUGGAAGGAUUAAAGCAAGAUUUGUUCAAGCACUAUUCCCAUUCUGAUGUAUUACGAAAAAUAAAAAAUGGUGCUUUUCACUUGAAGUCAAAAUGUGAACCGUUGCCAAAUCAUUGUACUUCCCUAGACCGUGAAUUGAUUCUUAAAAAAGCAGGUUACUCACACACCCCAGUCAUGGCAGCCGACUAUCUUAUAAAAACAAAAUUUCCUAAAAUAUUUCCUAAAACCGCUUAUUCACAAAGAUGGGAAUUUGAGCUUAAAACGCCUAGAAAAGGAUACAAAAACGAGGAGUACAUGGAUAAGGAAGAUACUUUUGAAGCAAGGUUACUUCUAAUGGAUGUUGAGAAAAAAAAAAAAAAGAUAGAAGAGCGAAAAACGACAGAGACACUUUUUCCAAAUAGAGUUUAUCUAGAAAAAUUGAAAGAAAAAAAAAUUAUUGACAAGAGAUGGGAAAAAAUACUAAAGCAGUUGGAGUUUGAAAAAGAAACAGCUACUACUCACUAUAGUCGAGUUGUGAACCCUCAAAUAACGAUUUCCCCUUCUGCUCCGUGCAACACCAAAACGAUAGUUGUGCACGCCAAACAUUCACCGACUGAAAAAAAAAAUUUUAAAACAAUGCGUUCGUUAGAUGACCGACACAUUGUUAAGCGUACUGAGGACCAAACUUUUUUUGACGUAUAUCCAAAAUUACAAUCAGAAAAACAAAAUUUAAAAGAAAACAUUGUGAAUUUAAAAAAAAACAAACAAGUGACGUUAUCAAGAAACAUGAAAAGUCGUUUUCCUCAAAGAAGAUGUCCUUGUUAUGUCGAGAUACCCAAUAAUCUACCUAAUGAAAAUGUAUCCGACUUGUACAAAACCAUUGAUAUAGGAAUUCAACAUCAUCGUCUCGGCUUGCCUGAUAUGGCACUCAUGUUUGCUACUUUUACAUUGGCACUUCAAAAAAUGGAUGAUCUAGAUCCGUUAACACUCUUGGAUUAUGCCGAGUUGUUAGUAAAAGGAUUACUACAUUACCCUCUACAAUUAAGCUUUGUUUGGGACGGUGUUUCACUAUUACUCAAAAUUUAUAACACUGUAGAAUGUGUGAAUAAAGAGAAGCUUUUAAAUCUUUUGUUAGAGACCUUUACAACUCUUUUAGCUAUAGAAGAUGAAGAGUUGCAACUUUUAUUGCUUCAAGGAAUCUGUAUUGUCACUGACACACCUUACAGGUUUACUCUAAGCCCGGAUCUGAUUGAUUUUUUACUUGAUAUUGUUCCUAUAACACAAUCGCAUGAAUUGGUCGAAAAAGGAAUGCAAUUGUUAUGUUUAGGAUCCAUUGGUCAUCGGAAAAAAGAGAAAUAUGCUCUAUUCGUGAAUUGUAAAUACUGUGGAAUGUUGAAAGCUUAUUUUUAUGUCCCAGGCUUGAGUAUCUAUCAAAAUCAUUCUGGCAUUGUUCUCCAAUGUUGUUUAUCGAUCCAUGCUUAUGCGCAACGCGCCAUCAGUGAAGUUUUUCGUCCUGAUAAAUCGAGCCAUCUAUUUAGAAAAAAGGUUGAUAUUGUACAAUUCAAAGAAGGACAAUUGUCUUUGCCUAAGGAGCCUGUAUCUUGGAUGCUUAAAGAUGGCUCCGACAUACGACUGAUUUUCACGGUUAUGCACGAUUACACACGUUAUCGUAAAGUUAUAGGAGCUGUGUGUAGUGCUUUAUGUAGUCUAUCCAAAGUUUCUUUAUUACAUAUAGAAACACUUUCUAAGCAACCAUUAGGUCUUUUACUUGAGAUUGCAAAGGAAUUUCCGUCAAGCCAGUGUAUUGCCCUUAGCGUAUCACGAAUCAUGCAAUCUUUUCUUGCUGUGUUUCCUUUCGAUACUAUAAUAAAAUCAAAUCUUUCCGUACAACUUUUAAUCAACUUUAUAAAACAUCAAAACUCCCCUAAUGUUCAUGCAGAAUGUUGUAUGGCUUUAAUGGCAGUAGGAGAUCAAACACAAUUUUUAUCGUCCAAUGUCACACAUCAAAUUCUUCCUCCCAUUUUAAGCGUCGCGAAAGACAAGGUUACAAACAAGUCUCACACCCAGAUCAUUUGCUCAUUUCUUAAAACGCUUUGUGAUAUGAAAAACUCAAAAAUCUAUGAUCAUAUUAAUAAGUCCAAGGGAUUACUUUAUACAAUGCAAGUUAUUAAUUACCAACAGGAUGUUGCUGUGAUAAUCAAAGACGUUUGUUGUAUAUCGAAAUGUCUUUUAGAAAAGUAUCCCGAUUCAACAAAGGAAAUACAACCAAAUUUAUUUAUUCAAACCUUUUGUAAUCUUUUAAGAAUUUAUACUGACAAUUUAGAUAUUUGUGUUUUGAUAAUCUUAACCAUAGAGCACUACUUAUCAGUUAGUGUUGAAGGUUUUAAAUAUAUUCCUAUUGAUCAUUUAUUGAUUCUUGAAAAAAUAGGUCUUCAUGGAAUGAAACUACAACGACGGGAUAUCAUUUUACAAGUCACAAAUCAUCUCUCCUUCCUUUCUGAUAGGGCGUCCUUGAGUGAAGGAAUCAUAGCUAAAGCAUCAUGUCAAAAAAUUAUUAAUAGUCUAAAAUGAGGCUACAUAGUUUUUUUUCUUUGUUCUUCUUCGUUACUUAUAAAACCAACGUUUACAGGUGGCGCGUAAUGUUGUGAUUCCAAGCGACGCAACUAAAAAUCAAACUAUGUUUUGAAUCUGAUUUUCUAAUGUUUUUUUCAUGUGCUAUCUGAGUUAUGCAUUCUAGAGGUUUCAUGCAAGGGAACGUGG